CGGGCGGUGUCGCGGUGACGCCACCGUCCCGCUCCGCCGCAGCCCAGCGCAGGCCACAGCCGUCUGCCGGCACUCGCGCCGCCGCCCGCCAUGCCCUCGGACCGGCCCUUCAAGCAGCGCCGCACCUUCGCGGAUCGGUGUAAGGAAGUGCAGCAGAUCCGAGAGCAGCACCCAAACAAGAUCCCGGUCAUCAUCGAACGCUACAAAGGGGAGAAGCAGCUGCCAGUGCUGGACAAGACCAAGUUCCUUGUCCCAGAUCAUGUCAACAUGAGUGAGCUGGUCAAAAUAAUCCGGCGCCGCUUGCAGCUGAACCCCACGCAGGCUUUCUUCCUGCUGGUGAACCAGCACAGCAUGGUGAGUGUGUCUACACCCAUCUCGGAGAUCUACGAGCAGGAGAAAGAUGAGGAUGGCUUCCUCUACAUGGUCUAUGCUUCCCAGGAGACCUUUGGCUACUGAGGCCAGCCGAAAGGUGGCCCACGGAGACAGACGAACUGUGGCGCACAGGCCCCCAGCCCUGGCAGACAACACAAGCAGAGGCUCACAAGAUGGGGACUCUGCUGACCUCCUUCUUCCCUGCCUCCCCUUCCCAUCACCCUGUCCCCAGAGAGGCUCCUGGCGUGUGCUGACCUUCCCCAAGCCCUCCUCUCCCUCUCAUUAGCCCUGCUCCCUCCGCACCCUGCUCCCAGCUGCACACAGCCCUGCGGCCACCCCCUGCCCCGGGGGCCUCAGCUCCCAGCCCUGCCCUCCCUGCCCCCCAGCUGCUCUCCCUGUGCUCUGUGUGUGUGGCUGCAGCCUGCUGCCAAAGGCUUGGGCCGGGGAGAGGACAGGGCAGUGUCCCCUGCGCUUCCAGCAGGGGCAGAGCUGCCUCUCCUGCCAGACGCUGCUCCGGGGCAGGAGGUCUGCAAAGCAGCAGCCAGCUGUGCCCUUUGCUCCCGAGUUUUAGUUGAUUUUAAUGACACCCAUAUCAGAUUCUUGGUGCUACUGAGUAGAUGUAGGCGUCUCUGUAGGGCUGUGGCUAGUGUAUAGCCUCUAGGUUUAUGUUCCUGGGGUGGGGUUUGGUUUGGUUGUUUGGAGGGUUGUUGGUUGGUUGUUUUUUUUUAG